CAGUUUCUUAGUUCAAAGUGUCAUGGCCUGUCAGAAACGUACGUAAAUAUUCAGUAAACUAAAAUAUUGGUAUGUGGUUACACUGCGCCUAGAUGUUGUGAUUUUAUAUCAUUUUUAUUCAAAAUUGGAUAACAAUGGAAGAUGAAAUCGAAGAUCUAGUGGGAGACGUCAGAUACACAGACUCUCAGAAGAGUGUAACCACAUCUAACGUAUAUUCAUUCGAUUUCACCGACAGCAGCCCGGAUGGAAACAACUCCACGUCGAAGGCUACUUACGUCAUUGACUGUGAAGACAGUGAUGUCAGUGAGGCGAUGUUUCAAACGCAAGAAAACUUGACACCUCACAAAGUAACCGAUACAUGUUUCAUUGUAAACCGAAAUUCUCCAGACAACAUUAUAUAUGCGAAAGACCAAUCCAUGUGCACAAAUUCUUCAAAAAUAUCCAUACUGGCUCAAGAGACAUACACGCAAACAAGUAAAACCAUAAUUGAAUUGGUUCACGGCAAUCCACAUAAAAUUGAAUGCAGUACAUUAGAAACACAAACAUCAUUUGUAUCGAUAACCGAAAACAGGACUUUAGAAUACAGAAUCCAUCUCGUUAAUGCUAAUGGAACUGACGAAAGAGAUGUCGUUAACAAUCUCAACGAUACAAACAUCGAAAGCCACCCCAUCCUAGCGAAUAGCUUAGAAGACAAAUCUUCAAUUUACAAAGAAUCGGAGACGGAAAAUGAUGUAACAAGACAAAGUUCGAAUGAUACAAUAAUUCGAUUUAUAGAUCAGGACUCGAAAGAGGAUUUGUCGGAAAGUAAAAACGAAACGCCGUACGAUAGUACCAGUGUCUAUCACUCAUCAUUCGACUCGGAUAUGGAAGAGGAUUCUCUGAUGGAAAAUAAUUACCAUAAGAAAUGUAAUAAAGACGAUACCUUUGAUGAGGGGGAAUUUGAGUUUGUGGACCACGAUGUUAAGGAACUGUACAACAAAAUUUCAGAAAGCCCUCUAUUGCUAUUACAAACGCAUUCUCCAGAACAUUGCAACCGUAACUUUUCCCCGCUCACACCAUUAACCGAAGAAACUUCACAUAGAAAAGAUAAUAUCGUAGAUGUCACACCGAGUGAAAAGACAUUGACGGGAAAUGAGGAUAGCAAUGACACCAUAUUUGUUAAUAGUUGCGGUAUUCGAGUGAAAAUGUUGAACGAUAAAAACGGAGGUUCAGCAGCAGAUGACAUACUGAAAUUACCUCCGAUUCAAAAGAGUCCAAGAUGCCCAAAUAGUACGCAUUUUAAUUUCUUAUUUUCUUUGAACACGCCUCAAAUGACUACAAAAAGGGAAGAACCUAUACCGAAUCUAUACAAAAGUCAAAAUUAUAAAAUUGAAGACCGUUGGGAAAUGACGCGGAGGGAUUUGGCGUCUGGAGAAAGUGCUUUCAUAAGUGGCAAUAGUGAUCCUCCAAAACCGAUUAACAAUUCUAACCAACUACCUCCAAUUCAUCUGGAAGGCGUUUUCCCUAGUUUUGAAAAUAGAAUGGACCUAGCUACGAAAUUCGAAGAAUUUUCAAAAGAUUACGAUGCUAUCAGCAUUAAAGGAAAAAUAGGGGAGUUAAAGAUGUUCUCAAACGAUAUCAGGCAAAGAUCUGGCAACAGAAGUAUUUCGCCUACCAGCACCUCAUCGCCUGGAGAUAGCAAACUGAGUGAUGUAGCUGAAAAGGGCUGUGAUGCACUUUGUUCAGAAUUAUUAAAAAGACUGCGUUCUUCGUCCUGGCAUGAGGUGAUUGAAACUUUAGAAAAUUUACCCAAAGCAUUGGACUCAUUUUGGUGUGUUAUCACAGAAAACCGGAUCGCGACAUUAAUACGACAGGUCAUUGUACACAUUGAGUCGCCACGUACACAGGUUGCUAAAGCAGCCUGCAGCUCGCUGGCUGAUAUUCUAAGGAACACUAAUUACACAAAGAAACCCGAUUUCUACGAAGCUAUAGCCAUUUUACUUAUUAAAACAGGCAGCUUCAGUCGGCCGGUGAGGCGCGCCGCUAACGUGGCGCUAGACGACAUAGUCUGUAGUGUCGACAUCACACAGUCUGUUACCGCUAUAUGCGUAUAUGGAGUUGGACAUAAAAGUCCAUUUGUACGCUGUGCCUCCGCUCGUCUGCUGGUGGUAUGUUGUGCUAUGGCCGGUGGAGGGAGACGCGUUCUCCGGGAGCGACCGCCAACCGCCGCCGCAGCCCGUCGUCACGCACUGAGAGCGCUGGCGGAACUGCUCUAUGAUAAAAAUACCGAUACCAGGAAAUAUGCUGAAAGGCUUUACCUCAUGCUUCGACCGUUACCAAACUUCGAAGCCUACUUCCUCACAGACGUGGACGUGGAACUUGCCUCGCAGCACAUGAAGAAGUUCGACCGUCUCCUCAACAAGCAACCCAGAUGAUAGACGAACAACAGUUUCAUCAAAUAUGUGCCAGUAAAAGCUAUAUUCAAACGAAAACUUUUUUUAUGUGUAUAUUUAUUUAUGUGCAACUGUUAAUUCAUAAAUUUUUAAACGUAACAUUCGUAACAUUAGACCAAAUGUCUUGUUAAAUCUUAGAAAAUAUAAAAUGCAAAUUUUGUUUUUUUUUUUAUU